CGUCUUUAUUAUAGUGGUAAAUGUACGUAGGUCUUACGGACGCAUCGAUGUAGAGUCAUAAUGUACGCUAACCACAAUAUGUCGCGAUGUCUUCAUUCACCAGCUAGCUCACUUAUCGUUCGUUCGUUCGCGUUCGAAUUUCAAAUUCGAAAUUCGAUAAUUCCAUGAUAAUGACGUGGAAAAAUAAAAGAUAAGAUUAUAUGCAAACUCUUUGCUUGCCCGAGUGUUUAAUAGUGAAUAAACAAAGAUGGAUGUCGUAACGUCUGUUAUGUCCGGUGUGUUUAUAUUUAUGUGCCUGUAUUUGUUUUGGAUGUGGUUCUGCUUUGGGAACUUUAUUAAAAAACGACAAAAGACGCGCAAUCCGCAGCAGAGGCGGCCGUAUAUGGGUACUCGUUCCCGAACAUCGCUACCACCAACGGAGCCCACUAUUUACGUCAGUCCGGCCAACUUGCCCCCACCGCCCAAAUAUGAGGCGAUGGCUCCACCAAGUUACGAAGAAGUGGUCGGUAUCCACUAUCCAGCGUAUCAACCGCCAGAUCAGCCAAUCAGCCAACCAAUAACAAACGCGUUAGCAACACAAAGCUCGAAUUCAGAUACAAAUACCGAUACCAAUAACGCACCCAACGAAACCACAAUAGAAACGACAACGGUAACGACCGUCGAUGAAAGACGACCAGUCGCUGCAGCAACAUGAACUAAACCAGAUGUAUCGAUAUGUAUUUAUUUUAAACCAGUACCCACGGGGCCAAGUACUUUAAGAUUGCAUUACUAAAACGAGUAAAAAUAUAGGUGUUUGUAUCAUAUUGUUAUUAUUGUUAAAAUUUAAUACCAAUAUUGGAAGUAAAUCCUGGGUCUGACAUUAUGACUGGGAAAAUAUUACCUUAAAUUUUUGCACAAAUACUUAAUAUUUUUUCAUAUAACUUAAUGCCCCGAACUGGUAUGCAUUUAGGCUUAACGCCAUAUUUACGGUUUUGUGAUAUAGGAUUCAGAUGGUUUAAUCACUUUUGUUGCGAAAACGCUUAGUAAUAAUAUGACAUUAUGUAUUCAUAUUUCUAUAUACCUUAGUUUACACGAAUCUAGUCAAAUUAUGCUAUAUAGAAAUAUAGGAGCAUAUUAUAUUAUACAAAUCUGUUUUUAUAAUAGUCACUACAAUCGAAUGACUAUUAUAAAAAACUAAAGAUUCCUAUAAAAAUCAAAGUGAUUAUAGGUAUUUUCACAUCAAACCGACCCGUACUAAUAUUGAGUACUAAACUCAUAACGUAACGUAUUAAUUCUCACAAGAUAAAUGUACACAACCAUCCAAAACUAAUAUCAAAUAUCCACCAUUAUUUAACGUUUCAACCAAGAGUGAUUUCACAAUCGGUUUGAAUUAAAUCGUUACCGUUACGGGUGUGUUAUUCGUUUCGUAAACAAAACGGAAUCGAAAUAACCUUUUUAUAAAUAUUUUUUAAUAAUCUUCAGUCUUUAUCGAGGACGUAAGACUGAUCAUUGUUAAACUAUGGAAUUAAAGUAUAAAUGGACAAUGAAAUAUUUUUAUAAGGCCAUAUUGCAUAUACCAAAUGCAGUAUAAAUGUUGUAUAUUUGUAAAUUACGUGU